ACGAAAUUACCGCCCCAUAGAAGACACUGACACAAACUCAAAAAUAGAACAAACCAAACCUGUAAGAAUUUCCACUUCAGCAAUUCCAUCCAUAAAAUACCAUACUCCAAUUUGCGUUAAGAAAUAGUCUCUGUAAUUAUGAAAGCAGAGACGGUUACACUUGUGCUGGUGAAUCUAGCUGGAAUAAUGGAAAAGGCCGACGAGUCAUUACUUCCCGGCGUUUACAAAGAAGUCGGGGCGGAUCUUCAUACUGACCCGACCGGACUCGGUUCACUCACUCUCUUCCGAUCCAUAGUUCAAUCUGGUUGUUAUCCAAUUGCCGCGUACCUCGCCACGCGCCAUAAUCGGGCUCAUGUUAUUGCUCUCGGGGCUUUUCUUUGGGCUAUCGCUACUUUCCUUGUAGCCUUUUCCUCUACUUUCUUUCAGGUAGCGUUGUCGCGGGGAUUAAAUGGGAUUGGUCUCGCACUUGUAACUCCUGCAAUUCAGUCCCUUGUUGCAGACUCUACUGAUGAUAACAAUCGCGGUAUGGCUUUUGGAUGGCUUCAACUAACCGGUAAUAUUGGUUCAAUUGUUGGUGGCCUCUUCUCACUUUUGAUAGCUCCAAUAACAGUCUUUGGUAUCCCUGGUUGGAGAGUUUCAUUUCAUGUUGUUGGAUUAAUAAGUAUUAUAGUUGGUACUUUAGUAUACAUCUUUGCCAAAGAUCCACAUUUCGAAGAUAAAGGCAAACUUACAAAUAAUAGCAAUCCAGUUCAAAAGGAAACAUUUUGGUCUGGUGUAAAAGCCUUGGUUCAGGAAGCUAAAUCAGUUUCUAGGAUUUCGUCUUUCCAGAUCAUUGUAGCACAAGGUGUCACUGGCUCCUUUCCUUGGUCAGCUUUAUCGUUUGCGCCGAUGUGGUUAGAAUUGACUGGCUUCUCCCAUGGGAAAACUGCUUUUCUUAUAGCUUUGUUUGUGGUUGCAAGUUCUCUUGGGGGUUUGUUUGGAGGAAAGAUGGGGGAUAUCCUUUCCAGGCAUCUUCCGAAUUCAGGGAGGAUAAUUCUAGCGCAGAUAAGCUCUGGAUCCGCAAUUCCACUAGCGGCGAUUCUUUUGUUGGGUUUACCAGACGAUCCAUCUACAACAUUGUCACAUGGUUUGCUGCUAAUCAUUAUGGGAUUUUCUAUAUCUUGGAAUGCUCCUGCUACAAAUAAUCCAAUUUUCGCAGAGAUAGUUCCAGAGAGAUCCCGAACAAGUGUAUAUGCAUUGGACCGAUCAUUUGAGUCUAUACUAUCAUCUUUUGCUCCCCCAGCAGUGGGGAUUUUGGCACAACACGUUUACGGGUAUCAGCCCAUUCCUGAAGGCUCUAGCGAAUCUCAAGAUAUUUUAACAGACAGAGAGAAUGCUGCAUCAUUGGCGAAAUCUCUUUACACGGCAAUAGGAAUUCCAAUGGCUAUGUGCUGUUUAAUCUACUCAUUUCUUUAUAAGACCUAUCCGAGAGAUCGGGAACGAGCUAGGAUGGACGCUUUAAUAGAAUCGGAGAUGAAGCAUAUUGAAUCGGAUGGCUUAGUCAUGGAUAAGUCCGAGGAAAUGUAUAUUGGAGAUUAUGAUGGCGAUGGUGUUGAUCUUGAUGAUGAAGAACAUGUAUUGCUCUAGUUUAGAUUCUCUAACUUAGGUGAGUAAUUAAUUCAAAAGUUUUUAGAGAAGUUUCUUUCAGGUUUUCUUAGUGGUUAGAAUUUUCCAUAUAUAUAUUUUGAUCAAUUUUUGGCAUCAACCAAACAUGGAUAGUUAUAGAACCAAGUGUAUACACCUUCAUAGUAUUAUCUUUCACAUAAGAGGGGAGAGAUUCGUUUGUUAUACGCAAUUCAAUUGUGUACACUGUUAUACAUAGGAUGACAAUGAAUGUAAAUUUAUAUGGUUUGUUUGGUUAAUGUGAUUGACAUUCUGAUUUGUUAA